AUGUCUGAGACUAGCUCUUUACUCCCCGAGUCCGACAGGCGUCGAACGCUACGAGACCGCAUUGUUGAUGCUUUCCACUCCCCUCAAAAUGGGUUAGGGAUUUCGACAAGCUCUAGCAAUGCUGGACCGCGAUCGAACCACGGCCAAAUCCUCCCUGGAGACGCAAUCGGACCUGACGUGAGAAGCCGGCUUCUGGAUUCAUAUCACAGCGCAGAUCCCGCAUGUGGAGAACGGCGCUGUAGCCAUGGCACCUUUUCCCCACGAGUAGAAGAUGCGCGGUCAUCCUAUAUCGGCGGAUCGGGUGAUGGAUUUGGUUAUAAUGGACACGAAGAGACCGGUGGUGCGACCAGUGGCGCCAGAGGGAUUGUCGAUCAUCCAGACUCUUGCGCGGAGUCAGAGACUCCAUCCCAGAUGAAGUCGUCUCUCACCACGCUCUCAAUGAAUGAUACGAAAAGACAGUACAUAUCCUAUUACAUUCCUCUUUUUAACUGGGUUGGACAAUACCAUUGGUCUCUUCUUCGAGGAGAUCUUAUGGCCGCAUUGACUGUGGCUUCUAUAUAUAUUCCAAUGGCUCUUUCUUUGGCAUCCAACCUUGCCCAUGCGCCACCCAUCAGUGGUCUUUACUCGUUUGUGAUCCAUCCUAUGGUUUAUGCUAUACUAGGAAGCUGUCCGCUUUUGGUAGUGGGCCCAGAGGCCGCCGGUUCCCUUCUCACAGGUGCCAUUGUUAAAGCCAGUGUUUUGCAAGGAAAUGCGGGCGAGGACGAUCCUGCUGCAAAUGCUAUGGUCGUAGGAGUGGCUACUGCCAUGUCCGGCAGCAUGAUCCUGAUUGCUGGUUUGACCCGUCUAGGUUUCUUAGACAAUGUGCUCAGUCGACCAUUCCUACGAGGAUUCAUCACAGCCAUUGGCUUUGUUAUCUUCGUAGACCAGAUUAUCCCCGAAUUGGGCCUUGCGGAACUGGCUAAAGAGGCCGGUACUAGCCAUGGUACCUGUGUUGAGAAGUUGAUGUUUAUUGCUCGAUAUGCUGGACAGUCCCAUGGACUUACUGCCGCAGUUUCGAUUGUUAGCUUUUCCAUCAUCAUGGUAUUCCGUACUUUGAAGAAGUGGCUUGUCCCACGCUAUCCCCAGGUGAUAUACUUCCCUGAUCGCUUCCUCGUCGUCACCCUAUCAGCAAUUCUGGCUUGGCAUCUUGACUGGGAGUCUAAAGGACUUGAGCUUCUUGGAAAGACAGAGAUUGGCUCUGGUGGACUUUUCGCCUUCAACUGGCCUUUCCAGUUUGCUCACAUGAAACAUGUGCGCACAGCCAUGAGCAAGGCUUUCAUAAUUGCGCUUCUUGGUUUCUUUGAGUCGUCAGUUGCAGCUAAAGGACUGGGUGAAGGCAGGUCCGAUGGGAUCCAGGGAAUGCACAUGAGUGCCAAUCGCGAGAUGGUUGCCCUGGGUGUGGCCAAUGUCAUUGGUGGCUGUUUCCAGGCUCUCCCUGCUUUUGGCGGAUACGGACGUAGCAAGCUCAGCUCUCAAACAGGAGCUCGCUCGCCCAUGACUAGUGUUUUUGUGAGCAUCAUCACCUUUGUCUGCAUCAUGAUGAUCUUGCCUUAUCUUUCAUAUCUCCCGAAAGCCGUCCUCUCCUCGAUGAUAUCCGUGGUCGCAUACUCGCUAGUCGAAGAAUGCCCCACGGACCUAAUGUUCUUUUUCCGCCUCCGCGGCUGGACAGAAUUGGUCCUCAUGCUCCUGAUCUUUACGACAACCAUAUUUUAUUCUCUCGAACUAGGCAUGGCCCUCGGAAUCGGCCUUUCUGUGAUAAUUCUCAUCCGACACGCAACUCAACCUCGCAUCCAGAUCCUAGGCAAAGUAUCCGGCACACCUGCACGUUUCGAAAACGCCGAACUGCACCCAGAAAACGUGGAGUUAGUCGAAGGUGCCCUCAUCGUCAAGGUCCCCGAACCCCUCACAUUUGCCAACACAGGCGACCUCAAGAACCGUCUCCGCCGACUGGAACUCUACGGUUCGAGUCGUGCUCAUCCUUCUCUGCCUCGGAUGCGCGCACCGGAGCAUAAUAAGAAUAUCAUUUUCGAUGUUCACGGUGUGACAAGUAUUGAUGGGUCCGGUACCCAGGUUCUCUCGGAGAUUGUGCAUGCAUAUGCGGAGCAGCAUGUCCGAGUAUUCUUUUGUCGCUUACCGAAUAGUAAUGUGUUCCGCAUGUUUGAGCGCAGUGGUAUUGUCGAGCAGUGUGGCGGUUUGUCGCAUUUCGUGCCUAGUGUCGAUGAGGCGCUACGGUUGGCGGAAUCCGAGGAACAUAUAGACGAAAUCUAG